AUGGAUUACAGAAACAAUCUAUUCCCCGAUCUGUCGGACACUGAACGACAUCGUUCCUCAGGCUCGCCGGGGCAGCCUUAUGAGGCAACCAACUUUGAAGCUGGGAAUCCAACUGAGAUGGUCAUCAAUAAAGAUCCUGGUACUGCAGGGCCAUCUAUCGACAUGCAUGAACACCUUCCCACCGUGGAUCCAGCUUUCCAACCACAGGGACCGGUCACCCGGCCGUCUGCUGAACCCGAGGACACCGAUCACACGCAGCAGACCUCGCCUCCCACCAGCACCCCCACGGGAACUCGGACGGUGAAACUGCCAAUUCGACUACGUGUGCGCGCGCGUCCGCUGGAGAAUAAUGUGAAGGACGUACACUUCAACGAGCUAUCUGCUCACACCGCAAAGUGUGAUUUAUGCGACAGACGCAAUACAGACGAAUUCCAUGUACCAGUGGACGGGGUCCGCGUACUCAUGUCGGUUACCAGUCCAACCACGCCUACCUCCAACGCAGAUGUCACGAAUACCGGAUCGGAUGCCAGUCCCGAAGAGGCGGCGGUGUCGGUUCUCCUCAAUCUCAAGAAUUCCCCUGGAAACGCCUGUGAGAACGCCGAUGGCGGUGGACAAUGGCCUGGUGCAAAUCGGCGUUUUGCGAACAGCUUCGAGAAUGGUGUUGAGCCGGAGGGUGAUACGGAGAUACUGCCCGAUGAUGACACUGAAGAGGAGGCGAAUCUGCCUGAGAACCUCGUGAACGUUCGGCGAAACCCGUCACGCAGGGCGAGACCUACGGAUAUGAAGGAGUAA